AUGGAAGCUGGUGCUGAUUUUUGGUGGGGUGAUAAGGCGCCGGAAAUCGUAAGGACAUAUGCUCUCAAUGUCCCACUCUCUGCCGUGCGCGCGAAGAUCAGACAGGAGUUUGAGCGCCACAGAUAUGUGCAGCAGCUGCCGGUUGCGGACAUGCUGAUUACAAAGAGCAAUAUGGAGUACCAGGAGACGCUGAACUACUGGAAACAGAUUCCCCACAUCAUGAAGUACUUUAGAGUGGAGGAAGACCCCAAGGCCAGGGUCUCAUCGAACUUUAUGAACAACUUCUUGGAGGGCCGCAACUAG